UGACUCGUUCCAACUCCGGGGCUGAGUACCUCCGGGGACCUCCCCGAAACCUCAGCUUGGGCGCCAUUGGCCGCUGGGAGGCAUCGGCCAACGGGGCCCCUGGCUGAGCGCAGCAGAGCACCCGACCGCGGCCCACGCGCGGCCACUGCUUCCUCCUCCCGCUGCACGCGCCGCCUUCGGUACGCCCCGGGUCUCGCUGCUGGCACCAUGCUGACCUUCCUCCUCCUCCUCCCCAUCAUUGUCCCCGGGACGGUUCUUGAGGCAAUGCUGCCUCCUGCCGUGGCCUCGCACGCUCUCCACAUAUUCCUCACCCUGGCGUUUCCAAACUCCAUGGCGGUGGAGGUCACCAUAUAUGCGGCGUUGGACGACGUCAUCUUCGCCACCCAGCAACAACACACCGGGGAGAUCGUCUACCUGCGGCCAUGGGUCCACCCAGCGCUGCCGGAGUCCCAGUGGGAAUAUCUGCACGACCUGUUCAAAAUCUACGUGCACAACCUCAUCCUGCUGCUCAACGGAGACGCCAAGCAGCACCACGAGCCCUACCCUUUCGUGUACCAGAGUGUGACCGGCUGCGACCUGCACUCCAAUGGCUCCUACACCAGGUUCUACCGUCUCAGCUACAACGGGCGGGACUUGAUCACCUUCGACGUGGACCGAGGCCGCUGGGAGAACCUCGAGGCGGGUAAGGUAGCGACGCGCAUCGCAACGGCUUUCCACGACUUCAUAGGCUUCUCCGUAACGCUGCAGUACCUGCUCAACGACACCUGCAAAGACCACAUGAAGAAACUCAUCCUGAGUGGGAAAAAGGAUCUGGAGAGACAAGUGAAGCCGGCGGCCGUGGUGUUCGCACGGACGCCGGAGCCCGGGCGCCUGCUGCUUGUCUGCCGUGUCACCGGCUUCUACCCGCGGCCCGUGAGCGUCACCUGGCUGCGGGACGGCGAGGAGGUGCCGCCGGGCCCAGAGCUCAACUCCACGCCGAUCCUGCCCAACGCCGACCUCACUUACCAGAUGCGUAGCGUCCUGGCCGCAGCGCCCCGCGACGGGCACAGCUACGCCUGCCGCGUGCGGCACAGCAGCCUGGGUGACUACAGCCUGCUGCUGCACUGGGCUCCGGCGAGCCCCAAGCCGCAACACGUCGCUUGGAUCGUUAUCGCCGUCAUCCUGGCUGCCUCCGCGGCUGUGGCAGGGGCUGUUUGGUGGUGGAGGCGCCGGUGAACGUCCCUCCUUCUCUCCCCAACCACCACGCUGCACCAGCCGGUGGCGGCGCGUGGCCUCUCCCAGCCUCACUGCUGGCGCCUCCUCGUUUGCCUCCCUCACCAACAACCCCAAAUAAAGCUCGUUUACCCCCCCCCAAUCCCAUGUCGGCCUGUGCUGCCUCCGCACGCUCCCCCCCGGUGCCAC